AUCUUUACGACGAGAGCAUGAUAGGAAUUCACCAAAACCUAUACUUUGGCACGUUUAAUAACUAGAAACUUCGACCAUUGGGUUAUUUUGGGUUUCAUAGAGCGUCGCUCUGUAUUGUUUUUGUCCCGUUUCCUAAUCACGGGUUACUUCGCCACCCGUAAAUCAAUUCAACGGAACUGGCUCCGCGUUGUGCAGCCUCAUCUUUUUCAGGCCUUCGUACAACUCCUCCCACUACACAAUCAACUCUAUUUGACAAUAUAUGUUACCACCACAAGGGGCCUUUCAUACUAUUACACAGUAGCCAUCUCUAUAGCAUGUGAAUAUGAGUUCAUCACAGCUAGACCUGGAUACGGAUUUCUACUUUGAUGCCGACCUUUUCUCCUACCAGCAAGACGAAUUCUACAUGCAUCUAGACCAGCUUGAAGUGGCAGAGGGUGCAGAAGCAGACCCAAAAGCUGGAUGUGCAGAAGUAGACCCAAAAGCUGGAUCUAGGGUCUCACUGGCCUGCAUACCGUGCAGAACACGCCACAUCAGGUGUGACGCGCGGACUCCGUCCUGCUCAAAAUGUCAGUCGGACAAUCGCACUUGCUCUUAUACGAAGUCAAGGAGGGGUGGACAGCGCUCAAAGGGGCGGCGGAAAAAGACUGCUUUGGAUCCUCAUUGGCCUGAAGGUUUAGACCUACACGGUCCGCUUCAAUAUCAACCUGCGAACAUUGCAGUGCCGGCAUUAUUUCCUAACGGUACGACGCCCGAGACUUCUGAAGCCUCUAGUGGUCUCAGCUCGUUUCAUGACCGUGACUACUCGACAAUGCAGUUUCUCGACUCAUACUACACGUAUUUUCAUGACGCCCAUCCUAUUACUUUGCCUCGGGGCUAUCUAAUCUCACGGCUUCAAUCGAACCCGGUAUCCCUAGAACAGGUAGAGCACGUGAUGGAAUAUAUUGGAUCGCUAUACACUCCACAUAUAGCAUCGGAAUAUCUGAGGCACAAAGUAAGUGUUCAGCUGUCAGCAGGGAAUCUACCGAUGACUGGCUUCUCCGUGCAAGCUCUCAUGCUUUUUGCAUUAGCGACGCACUGCUGUAACAAUUUUGAAGAGUCUCGGGUACUCCUUGACAGGGCUAUCACUAUGGCGUUAGAGAUUAAAAUGCAGUCUAGGUCAUUUGCACAAGCGAACGGAGAAGGUAACGCUGUUUUAGAAGAAAGCUGGAGGAGGACGUGGUGGCUGCUCUUCAUUAUGGAUGGCACAUUCGCUGGUGUUAUGCAUGAGACAUCAUUUAGGCUGUCAAAUAUCCCAACUGACGUUGAUCUGCCUUGCGAGGAGCGAGAGUAUGCCAAAGGAAAUAUACCAGCUCCGAAAUCAUUACUGGAGUAUGAAACUCGAGAGUUUUCAGAUGAAGAAAUUGCUUUCUCGUCAUUUACUUACCUUAUUGAUGGGGCGCGAAUCAUCAGCUCUGUACUACCAACCAUCAGCCAAGCUGGAGAGCCUUCUGACCAUGCGGCAACCGCAGCAAAUGCAAAACUGGUCAGCUGGGUCGUUCAUCUGCCAGAAUCUAAGAAGCAGAUAAUCCAUGAGAGUGGAAAGAUGGAUGAAGUAAAUUUUCAAGCGCACAUGCUCAUCAAUUUACUCGUGCUCUACCUUCAUCGCCCAAGAUCACGUCUCGCCUAUAGCGGUGUGGAAGGCUCGUCAAAAUGCACAGUUACGCCUUCAUCAGAACAAAUGACGAGGAUGAGGCAAAAAGCUUACGCGCUCCACACCAACAAGACACUCUCGUGUCUUGAAACAUUGCUUGGCAUGAUGGCCCUUCCAACCCCUAUUCUGAAGCACACGCCUCUAAUAAUAUGCGGUGUUGCUAUGGCCAUCAUGGGCCAAAUGGCCGCCUGCAACUUGGUGCUUGAGUCUAAUAAAGCCGCCGAGGGUCGAGAGCGCAUCCGUCUUGGUAUUGGGGCCUUAAAGGAGUUUACGGAAGUUUGGCCACUAGGCAGGAGGACGAAUCUAGAGAUGAAAGCUAUUGGCCGAGAGCUGCUAAACAUUCCAAAUGCCAAUGGGGUCAGGACACCGAUGGGAACGGUACUAGGACAGGAAGACGAGUUUCGUACGGUCACGGCCACUUUAACAUGACUCAGCGUAUUGUGAUAUUCCGGCUUUGAAUUUGACACUGGAGUACCUUGGGCCGACCUUCCUCUUAACUCAGCUCAAUUUGGGAAGGGCAUUUUGUUCAUAAUACGCGAUGUUUAAUGAAAUAGGAACAGUUGCAGGAUGAAGCUGGUAAGAUUAAAUAAAUAAGCAUAACAGUUUUAAGUUAGAGUAAUUCCCUUAAUAUUAAAGUACACUAG